UAGAUUAUAUAUGGCAAAUCUGUUUAUCUCAAGAACAAACGUGUUUGAAAAUGAAUUGCAUGGUAUGCUCAGUCAAGAAAUUACCUAACGAAUUUCCGCCUUACACAAUCGCAGAAGAAUGUGAGCACGCACCAGUUAUCUGCUUAAGGUGCACGAUAAGUCAUGUUGAGAAAACAAACAAGUGUCCAUAUCCUGGAUGUAAUCAAGAUGUGAAAGAGGAUGAUUCGAAACUUAACUUCUUCCGAGCAAUGGUUAACACAAUGUUCAAGGAAUAUGAGGAAGUACCAGAGGAGCACAUUGAUACACCAAAGGAUUCUGUAAAUGGCUACAUUACAAUCAUUACCUUAACAGGUCACUCCAUUUAUGUUGCCUAUGACUCUUCCAUGACUAUAAUUGAUUUGAAAUCUAAGAUUGCUGCAAAAGAAAAGUACCCAUUUGAGAAGCAAAAACUGUUGUAUCAAAACACAGAGCUUAAGAAUUACAAAGGGCAAAAGAUUACGACACUUUCACAUUUUGGAAUAAAGGCGAAUACCGCGUUAUAUCUGAUUAUCCGUCUAUAUACUUUUCCUAAUGAAUUAGACGAGGUUGUGUUUUAUUUAUCUUGGGAGUAUCACUCGAAAAGCAAAAUGGAAAGAAAUCGUGAUUUCCUGGAUGUAUCAUGUUUUGUUUAUGGUUCUGAAGAGUUUCAAUAUCUAUGUGACGAAAGAAUGCAAAGUCCUAAAAAUUGGAUAAAACAUUCCGGUCAUAAAAUGGACGAAAAAAUGAAAAAAGGACACCAGACAAUCGAAGUUUCACUGAAAAAAAUACCAAGUGACGCACAAAAUAUUUUUUUCUCUCUCAGCACUUUCAACUCAAAAGAUAUAUCAGCUUUUAAAGGUCCAAGUAUUAAGUUAUACAAGAAAGGAAAACCGUCGCAAUGUUUGUGUGAAAGAACUUUCCAAACCAAGAAAGAUUCUCUGCAGGCUCUCCUUAUGUGUAGUGUUUCUCGAAAUGAUGACGGUAACUGGGAAGUCACUGAGCUUGGUAAGCCGUGUAAAGGAAAUGUAAAAGAGUACGAUCUUAUCUAUGAAACAAUAGAAGGUAUUCUUCGUACAAUGGCAGUGAAAUCAGACGAAUGAUUAAAAAAACUAUACUAGAAAAACGCGAUCCACUCAAAAGAAGUUUAAGUGACUUUCAUUCACAUGUCUCCCUCUGAUGUAUUCUUCUUACUUUCUCUAUCAUUUUUGUCCUAAUAAUUCAUUCUUUUAUUCAUUUUUCACCUUUGUGUUACUUAAAUUAAAUGUAAACUAACUGCUGUAUUCUUUUGUUUUUUUUCUCUUGCAUUUGCUUAAUAUGCUUUAAACCUGGGACUGAUAAUGUAUCUUUCUGUCCCGGUUUAAAAUGGCAUUUACAUUUAAAGAUUAUCACAAAGUAAAUAAUUUUUAUUUGAAUAGAUGAAUUAUAAAAGUAAGCCAGUUACAUUCAGAGUACUUUAAUAGUUACCUAUAUACAAUGUGUAGUUUUGUUUUAAUUUUUAAUGAUUCAAUCUAACAAUCUCAGAAAGCCGAUACGUUCAUAUACUAUUGAUUAUUGUAAGAGAUUAGAUAUUUUGCAUGAAAUAUCGUCAAGUGGACUUCUACUUAGUUUGCUCAAAUUUCAGUACUUGGGUCAAAAUGGUCCUGGUUUGGGGGUCAUUGGUUUUCUUAUAUAUAAUAUCAACAGUUUUUGAACAAUGAGAGGGAGAGCGUGUCCAGUUCUGUUUUGAAUAAUCCCCUCACAAAGUUUACAAACCGAGAUGUGUCCAUCUAGCUGUUUAAUUAAUCAAUAAGCUAUAAGAUCGAGGUUUCAUUUGUCCACAUCUUUAGUAACAGUUCUUGUCUCUUUUCAUUGGUUACAUCAUUAUAUUUCCCUAAAUUUAGCUUUAUCUUCUGAUUGUAAUAAAUCUUCUUAUUUAUUCAUACAAGGUCUAGUUAAAACGCUUGAUAAAUCCUCUUCGGAUAACUUGAUAACAUAGAGAUACUGGAAUAAAAUGUCAAUCAUCUUCUAUUACUUGUGAGGUACAUAGUUGACAUAAUCUUUCAUUUUUUUGUGCUCAAUUAUGUCCGUAUCACCAGGUUUCAAUGCUUAAGUUAUAAGCAGAUAUUCUAAUUCUUCAAAUAUACAUAUGUAUACUCUGCAAUCAAUGAU